AUGACAGAUCUGAACCCUAUCGAUUUAGACAUUAAGAACAAGAUUCGAUGUUGUGCUAUUAUAGAACAUUUGGUUCAUAUAACAUUAACGGUUUCAAUCGCCGGAACAGAUCAACAACAACAAAGGGUUGUGAGUUUUUUACUAGGGCGUGUGGGUGUGUGCGCUCUAGGUGCUGUUGUGGCUAAUCUUCAAGGCAAUCAGCAGAUGGUUGAUUACUAUUUGGCCAAAUUCAAAGAGAUUGAUGUAAGCAAAGAUUUUCAAAGUGAAAUGAUUGGCGGGAAAGCUGGAUAUUUAUGGGCAUGUCUCUUUCUCAACAAGAAUUUAGGUCAUGAAACGAUUUUGCCUGCACACACCACUGCGAUUGUGGAUGAGAUAAUCGAAAAUGGAAGGAAAUUAGGUGAAAAAGGAAGGUGCCCGUUGAUGUUCGAGUCGAAUGGUGAACAGUACUGGGGUGUUGCACAUGGGUUAGCCGGGAUUAUGCAUGUUCUCAUGCAUUUUGUGUUGGAAAUAUUAAAGAGGUAA